AUGAAACCAUUGAAACGGAUCUUCCUACCGAGAUUCAUCAGACCCAGUGUGCUCAACAGAUUGAACACUCCAGAAUUGCUGGAAUCGCUAAAUUUCGUUGCUAAAUCGUCUAGUGGAAUUUAUCACCAUCUGCCCCUGGGUCAUAGAACAAUUGAGAAACUGACCGAUAUCGUCCAUAGAGAACUGCAUGAAUCGUUCCCUAACGUUAGUGAGUUAGCCUUGGCGUCAAUAUCUCCUCGACGUCGGUGGGAAAAGACCAAUCGAUGGAAUAACAAUGAAAUGUACAGGCUUGACAAUGAUCAAUUCUGUUUGGUACCCACUUGUGAAGAGGAUAUUACUAAACUGAUGACUUCACACAUUAAGAGUUACAAAGAUAUGCCAGUCUUGGCUUACCAGGUAACAAAGAAGUUCAGAAACGAGAAAAGACCCAGAAAUGGACUUUUGAGAACAAAAGAGUUUCUAAUGCUUGAUGCUUAUUCGUUUGUGGAAUCCACAGAGGAUGCAAAAUCGAUGUUUAAUGAAGUCAACGAGGCAUUCAUUAGAAUCUUCAAACGGUUGAAAAUACCGUUUGCCAAAGCUGUGGCAGAUAAUGGCUACAUUGGAGGCGACCAAUCAAUCGAAUACCAUUACUUACAUGACGUUGGCGAGGACAAGUUGUUUUAUUGUCCAAAUUGUCAUACUACAUCCACACAAGACAAGACAGAAUCCUUACCAGGGACAAAUCUCAAACCUACGACCGACGUCACGGUGAAAUAUGCGUUAAACAAGAGUCAUGAUACUUUGUUCUGUUUCUAUUUCCCAUCAGAUAGACAAUUGAACUGGAAUUUAGCUUCAAUUGCAACGGAUUAUGAUUUGGAUUCUGCUUUAAAGGAGUUUACUGACAACAAAAUUUUAACGAUUUUCCAAAAUGAAAAUAACGACCCAAUGUUCAAUAAAGUCGUCAGAAUGAUGGAUUCACGUAUUUCUUCACGUUCCAAUUUCCCUGAUUUCCCACUAAAACAAUAUUUGAAGAAUAAUUUUAGUCAAAUAACAGACGUUAAUUUGGUUAAUUCCAUUGAAGGAGAAAUUUGUGGAUUGUGUGGCGAGUCCCCAUUGCAAACUUCCAACAGUAUUGAAGUCGGCCAUACUUUCAAUCUAAACACCAAAUAUUCAGAAGCCAUGAAAUUGAAUUACAAUAAUGCAGAAAAUACAACGGAAAAUAAUUUGGUGAAAAUGGGGUGUUAUGGAAUUGGCAUCUCAAGGGUUGUUGCUGCAAUAGCAGAAGUGAACAGAGAUUCACUGGGACUCAGAUGGCCCAGUCCUAUUGCUCCAUAUCUGGUAUCCAUAUGCUCUCCGCCUAAGACAGAAGAGAUGAAUGAGAAGAUUGUCAAAGUGGUUACUAAAUUAACCGAAUCAUCUCAAUUGGCCAACGAAAUCUUACAACUGCCCAACGGCGAAGACAAUAAUACCACCCUCUUCUCCCAAAUCUCGACGUCGCAUGCCAUAGGUAUACCGAUUUGCAUAAUAGUUGGUUCCAAGACGUGGCCAAGAAUCGAAAUAGAAGUCAGAGGAAAGAGACUCAAAGGUGACACGGAUGCAUAUUGGAAAAUCAAGUACAACCACUUGAAAGAUCAGUACCAAUGGGAAGUCUAUCAGGAAAACACCACGGAGAAACAUGUCGUACAUCUCGACCACGCGAACGACGUUAUCGAAUUCCUACUGAAGGAUAUCUAA